CCGACCGUGCAGUCCGCGCGCCCCGCACUCCGCUCGGCUCCGCACUCGCCUGCGCCUCGCGACCCCUGGACGCGGCAACGAUGUCUGGCCCCACCGAGACUGAGCGCUGCAUUGAGUCUCUGAUUGCAGUUUUCCAGAAGUAUGCCGGCAAGGACGGCAACAACUGCCAGCUCUCCAAGACCGAGUUCCUGAGCUUCAUGAGGACAGAGUUGGCUGCCUUCACACAGAAUCAAAAGGAUCCUGGCGUCCUUGACCGCAUGAUGAAGAAACUGGACCUUAAUUCCGAUGGGCAGCUCGAUUUUCAAGAAUUUCUUAAUCUCAUUGGUGGCCUGGCCAUUGCCUGCCAUGAAUCCUUUCUUAAGUCUGCCCAUUGCAGGAAGUAACGCUGAGGAGCGCCCAGCCUGGCCUUGACACCCACGGCUUUCCUGUCACCAUGUCCUCUUCAACCCACACAUCCCCUGAGCCCAGCACCCCAACACCCUCUUCAGCCACUCCUAUUAAUAAAAACAGAUUUUUUUUUAAAAAAA